UUAUGAUAAUAACUUUUCCUUUAAGAACCUAUGGCAAAAACCUUGCUUUAAUGUUAUAUGGUCUCUCAAAGCUGCAUAAUUCUUACUCAAAUCAUAAUCAUAUAGUUAUCCGUUACUUUGAAAUUCAACUGAUAAUAAUAUUUUUUCUUAUAAUAUAUAACUAUCAGUUACAAUUUCAAAGGAACAUAAAAAUAUUAAUAUUAGUUAUUCUAAACUAAUCAACCCAAUCUCUAAAUAGACUACUUAAACUACUACAAAUUUCAAUUGCAUGCCUACAAAUUUCCCCUCCAUCAAAAUUUUCAUACAAAAACCAUGGAUAAACAACCUUUUCAUAAUACAAAAAAUGAUGAUUUCUCAAAGCUUCAAUCCCUGAAAACUCUUCCCAAAAGACCCCUUUUCUCAUCUAAAUAUUGCUUACCAACUUCCAUUGUUGCAAUCCUUGUUAUUGUUCUUCUUACAUACAAUUCCUUCUCUAUUUUCUAUUUCAACCUUGAUUUUCCCAUGGAAAAUGAUAAAGAAAUAAAGAAAAAAUUGCCAUGUAUUGAUGUAAAUAAACAAUUGCAUACCCUUAAACAUACUCUGUUUUCUAAAACAACCCAUCACAUUUCUUACAAAAAAACAACCAAACAAAACCUACAUAUAAAAAAACUAGCUAAGCUAAUACAUAAAUCUCCUUCAUUUGAGCCUACGAACAAGACAUUUGCUAAGAGAGUAAGGUUGUUUUUCAAUGAAAAUUCGUGUCAAUUUCGGGUUUUCAUGACAUGGAUAUCAUCAAUCAAGUCAUUCCAAGAGAGAGAAAAAUUCACCAUCGAAAGUCUUUUUAAAUUCCACCCACAAGCUUGCUUGCUCAUUGUAUCAAAUUCAAUGGGUUCAUCUAAGGGAACCCAAGUUUUAGAACCCUUUUUGAAGCUUAAAUUUAAGGUAAUGGCAAUUUCACCAGAUUUUAAGUUCAUAUUCAAGAAUACGAUGGCAGAUGAUUGGUAUAAUCAGUUAGAAAAAGGGCAUAUUAAUCCAGGAUUAAUCUCCAUAGGCCAAAAUCUUUCUAAUUUGCUUAGACUAGCUUUGCUUUAUAAGUAUGGUGGGGUCUAUAUGGACACUGAUUUUAUAGUUGUAAAUAAAUUAGAUGGCUUAAAGAAUGUAAUUGGAGCACAAACUAUUGAUCCAAUUACAAAAAAUUGGGCUAGAUUGAAUAAUGCUUUAAUGAUUUUUGACAAAAAACACCCUUUAUUGUUCAAGUUUAUUGACGAAUUUGCACUAACUUUUAAUGGUAAUAAAUGGGGGCAUAAUGGUCCAUAUCUUGUCUCAAGGGUUGUUUCUAGGGUUAUUAGUAACAACAAUAGAACCAUGGAAGAUGCAAGUGAAUUUACCAUUUUGCCCCCGGUUGCGUUUUAUGUCGUUGAUUGGUCUAGGAUCGGUAAUCUCUUUAAGAUGCCUAUGGAUGAAAACCACUCGAAAUGGAUAAAUCAUAAGCUAAACCACAUCAAGGAAGAGAGUUAUGUUGUUCAUUUGUGGAAUAGGCAAAGUAGGAAGAUUCAAGUGGAAAAAGGGAGCAUUAUAAGUCAUUUGAUGAAGAGAUCUUGUAUAUUUUGCAAUUCUUCAAGGGAAAUUUCCUAGGGAUACUAUACCAAAAUAAGGGUAAGAUUUGGAUUAUCAAUAAAAUUGAUCAUGCAAUUGGUAAUUUGGUAUCAAAAAUAAUAAUUUUUCAUGAUAUCAAAUCAAAAAAAAGUCACGUGAUUCAUCUAAUCCUUAAGUCAUACUAAAAUUGUACUUUAUUUAGAAGCUAAUUGUAUUUUUGGGCAUUAAAUAACCUUGUAAUUUAAGCAUUAACUUGCAAUUUUUAAAAAUGGUUAUAUUUUGUUUAUUUACUUAUUGGAUAUAGGGACAAAUGAUUUAACUCAUAAGGAACUUUUAAAGGAAAGAGUUCUAGCAAUAACCCUUGUAACUUAAGCAUUAAUAGUAAUUUUUUCAAUAAUUUAUUUAUUUAUUUACUUAUUGGGUAUAAAACAUAUACACAAUUUUCUUAUAAUUUUUAUGAGCGGGAUACACUGAAUAUGAUGAUAAUGAUUUUCCUAAUCAAUGUGAGAAAGUAAUUAAGAAAUUUUACAACUAGAAACUAAAUCGUAUUUCUCUUGGUUCGAAAAGAUUGAAUUGUGAUUAUGGGAAGUGAACCAUUUUACCUUAAGAAAUAGUAAAUUAAUUGUAAUUGUUAAAAAAUAAUGUCAUUUUUUUGUUUAUUACAUAUAUGAUAUAUGUAUUGUAUAUAAGUGUAUUCAUCCCCUAAAGAAAAAGAGCUUUAUCAACAAUAUUCUAAUAUAAAAGCAUAUCUAGUUUUAUGAUUGGGUGAAUAUUAGUUUAGUAUUAGUGUAUUACUAUGAUAUUUUUAUGUUAUGUUUGGACGGUUUGACAGUAAACUUGUAGACUUAUAGCAUACAUAUAUAGUAAUUUUUAAUUAACUUUCUUAAUCACAAAAUUAAAGAUUUUGUGUGAAAAAUUGAGUCAUGUUGAGACUAACAACAACCGAAAAGAAAAAUAAAAAUGUAUAUAUAUAAACUUAAAAUUGAAGACGUGUAUAUAAUUAGGAUUUUGCUAUCAAAUGCUUCGAGGGAGUUCAUUAAGGAUAUAAAUCAAUUUUAAAUAGUAAAUUAUAAUUUAUUUAUCUCCAUAUCAAGUGUUAAAAAAAUUACUUUUCUUUGAUGGAUUUAUAAA